AGCUGGAGGAAAUGGUGUCACAGUAGUGGUGGGUCCUGAACCAAUCAAGACUCAGACCAGGGGCCUUCAGCGCGGACAGAGCGUGUAGAACAGGACUUCCGUUGUCGCCCUAGCCGUCCCAGUUUUGCGCCUUGCUGGUCCGUUCGCAGGCGACCACAGGAACUGACCCUCGGAUCAGGGCUGCCUUUCCUGGAGGCCUUAAGGGCUGAGAAGAGAGCAGGGGAAAGGCCCGGGCCCCUCACUGCGCCUUUGCAGGCACCGUGAUUCCCGGCGAAUGACUCCGCCUCCGUGAGCCUCAGUUUGUCGUCUGUGGAACGGGGGCCACGAGUCUCCGGAACCUCCGUAGUUGCCUUCAGUCACCGUGGUCCUGCCUGCUUCUUUGGCGUAUUUUAACCCGAAGAAGACUGAGGUUUGGACUGCAAAAGUCAGCCCGAGGUCACCUGGCCCAGUAGGGGAGUGGGCGUUCGGUUGAGCCCACCGGACCGGUCGGGAUCUCCCCCCCCUCCCCAUGGCCCCACUCCACCCACAGGUUCCCGUGGGGUUGGCAGCAUCGCUGAUGGAUCCGGUGCAGCCCACCUGUCAGCCCCCUGGCUCAGCUGUUCCAUCAUUGCACAGCCCAGUGACCUUUGAGGAUGUGGCUGUGUACUUCUCCCGGGAGGAGUGGGGGCUCCUUGAUGUUGCCCAGAGGUACCUAUACUAUGAUGUAAUGCUGGAGACCUUUGAGCUCAUGACCUCACUGGGUUAUUGGCAUGGAAUAGAGGAUGAAAAAUCGUCUCUGAAGCAGGGUGUUUCUGUAGGAGUGUCACAGGUUAGAAUCCCCAAGACAGAUCCUUCCACCCAGAAGAUUGACAUGUGUGACAUGUGUGGCCCAUUCUUGAAAGAUAAUUUACACCUGGGUGAGCAUCAAGAAGCACACCCUGAAGAGAAAUCAUACAUGUGUGGAGCAUGUGGGAGAGACUUCUGGUUCAGUGUAAACCUUUAUCAGCAAAACAAGGAGCACAGUGGUGAGAAAGCUUUCAGAUGGGACAAGUACAGGGACGUGUUCGUGACAAGCUCUAAUAUCCACCUGUCAGAGAAGCCCUUCACUUGUGGAAAGCGUGGGAAGGAUGUCCCAGACAACCAUGUUCUCCAGCACCAGGCCAUUCCCAGCAGGGAGAAGCCACAUAGCACCAAGUGCAGGGAGGCCUUCCCACACAGCUCCAAUUUAGGGCAGCUCCCAGGACUCAGCAGCACUGGGUUAUUCCCAGGAAUCCAUAUUACACAGGGAUUCUCCAAGUGCAGCAACUGUGGGAAAGUCUUUCUGAAGAGCUCUGCCCUCCUCAACCACCUCAAAACUCAUUCUGAAAAGAGACCUUAUAGCCACCCAACAGGCAGAAAUUCCUUCCAGGAAAAUUCAGCCCUUGUUAACAACCAAAAAUUUCAUGUUGGGGAAACAUCCCAUGUGUGUAAGGAGUGUGGGAAAGCCUUUAGUCACUUGUCUAAACUGUGGAAGCACCAGAAAUUUCACACUGGAAUAAGAUGCUAUGGGUGCACUAAAUGUGGAAAAACCUUCAGCCACAAACUCACACUUGUACAUCACCAGAGAAUUCACACAGGGGAAAGGGCUUAUGAGUGCAGUGAAUGUGGGAAGGUCUUCAAUAACAGGUCACACCUCAUUCGACAUGAGAAAGUUCACACUGGAGAAAGGCCUUUUGAGUGCAGCAAAUGUGGAAGAGCCUUCAGCCAAAGCUCCAAUUUCAUUCGGCAUCAGAAAGUUCACACCCAAGUAAGGCCUUAUGAAUGUAACCAAUGUGGAAAAGGCUUUAGCCGCAGCUCUGCUCUCAUUCAACAUUGGAGAGUUCACACUGGAGAAAGACCUUAUGAAUGCAGUGAGUGUGGAAGAGCCUUUAGCAAUAACUCUAACCUUGUUCAGCACCAGAAAGUUCACACUGGAGAACGGCCUUUUGAGUGCAAUGAAUGUGGAAGAAACUUUAGCCAAAGCUCUCAUCUCCUUCGGCAUCAGAAAGUUCACACUGGAGAACGGCCUUUUGAGUGCAGCGAAUGUGGGAAAGCCUUCAGCAAUAACUCUACCCUCAUUCAGCACCAGAAAGUACACACUGGGCAAAGGCCUUACGAGUGCAGUGAAUGUAGGAAAUCCUUCAGCCGCAGUUCCAGCCUGAUUCAGCACUGGAGAAUUCACACUGGAGAAAGGCCUUAUGAAUGCAGUGAAUGUGGAAAAGCCUUUGCUCACAGCUCCAGUCUCAUUGAGCACUGGAGAGUUCACACCAGAGAAAAGCCUUAUGAGUGCAGUGAAUGUGGAAAAUUCUUUAGCCAAAACUCCAUUCUCAUUAAACACCAGAAAGUUCACACAGGAGAAAGGCCUUAUGAGUGCAGUGAAUGUGGGAAAUUCUUUAGCCGCAAGUCCAGCCUUAUUUAUCACUGGAGAGUUCACACCGGAGAAAGGCCUUAUGAAUGCAGGGAAUGUGGGAGAGCUUUCAGCAGUAACUCCCACCUGGUUCGUCACCAGAGAAUUCACACACAAGAGAGGCCAUAUGAAUGCAGCCAGUGUGGGAAAGCCUUCAGUGAAAGAUCCACACUUGCUCGUCAUCAGAUAGUUCACACCAGAGAAAGGACUUUUGAGUGUGGCCAAUGUGGGAAAAUCUUCAGCCGCCUCUGCAACCUUGCUCAGCAUAAAAGGAUUCAUACCUGAGUGGAGCCUUAUAAAAGUAGUCUUUGUGAGAAAAUCUUCAGAGAAGUCAAAGUCAAACUCUGUGCACCAAAACACCCACCCAUGUACAUGUACCGCUGAUGUGGAAAAGCCUUCAGAAGUCAAUUUGCCCUUUCUGACCAGCCCAGAUAACUGAGAAGAGCUGCCUCACCUGUGGAAUGUACUACAGAAGCCAUAACCUGUCUCCAUCCUGCCUGGAUCCAAAUUUUGCACGAGUCAUCUCCACAUGCACAGGGAAAUCAGCUCCCCGUGCCUCCCUUUCACUUUUCUGGAGGGAAUCAGGGUUUUCCUGGGCCUGUUGGAAUGGGCCUUCCCAUUGCCUCUGAAAGUGUUAGGUGAUGAACUGACCAAGGGGCCUCAAGGGAUAUCCCACUUGGGCUUAUCAGGAAAGUGCAUGUUUCUCAUGGAUGUGGUUAAGUAUGUAUGUAACCACAUGAUGUGUCUUCUUAGUCCACAAAGCACUCUUCCCUGGAACCACCUACCUUGGUCUGCUCUAUACUACGAGAUAAUAAAAACCUUAUUAAUUAAGUCACCGUUAA